AUGGCCACCGACACCAAAGAUGGUCUCGACAAGGAGAGUGUCUACCCUGUCGAGGAUACCGACCGUGCCGAGGUAGAUUCCCAGACCGAAGUACUACGGGCGGCAGGCAUCGGUAUCCACGAAGAUGACCCAACAGAACCUAUUCUGACGCUGAGAAUGUGGAUUCUUGGUAUAGGAUUCUGUAUUGUGGCCAGUGGACUGAACACACUUUACACCCUUCGGAAACCAUCCAUCACAAUAUCCUCUUCGGUGACUUUGCUGCUGGCGUACCCGCUAGGCAAGCUGUGGGAAAAGACCCUUCCGAGCUGGGAUGUCAACCUCGGCGUGUGCCGAUUCAACCUGAACCCGGGACCGUUCAACCAGAAGGAACACGUUUUAGUCUACAUCAUGUCGAACCUUAGUAUCUACGUCCGACUAGGAGCAGACGUCUUGACAGAACAGCAGAUGUUCUACGGAUACAAAGCUGGCUGGGGCUUCCAGAUCUUGAUCACUUUAGGAACAUUCCUGGUCGGUUUCUGCCUGGCUGGCUUCUUUCGGUCCGUGGUGGUGGCCCCUAAGGAACUCAUCUGGCCGGGUGUGCUGAGCACGACUUCGCUCACGACAACCUUGCACAACCUGGCUCAAGGGGAUCUACAAGGAGUUAAGGAUACAUGGAAAAUGUCUCGUUACGCAUUCUUCAGUCUUGCCUUCUGCAUCUCCUUCUGCUGGUACUGGUUCCCGGAUUUCAUCUUCCCAGCGCUGAGCUACUUCACUUUUCCGUGCUGGAUCAACCCCAAGAGCACGGUCGUCAAUCAGCUUUUCGGCAUGGAAAGUGGUAUGGGUUUGCUGCCUAUCACGUUUGACUGGAGCCAAAUCUCCUACGUCGGAUCACCACUGCUGAUACCGUCGUGGGCAAUUAUCAAUGUCUUCUCCUCCCUGGUGUUCUGGAUCUGGAUUGUCGCUGUCGCUUGCUACUACCGCAAUGUAUGGUAUACAGGCUAUCUUCCUUUCCAGAGCUCGUCCGUCUAUGAUAACACCGGCGCCACCUACCAAGCAUCUAAAGUGGUCAGCAAAGCGACCGGCUACAAACUGGAUAUCGAAAAAUACAAGGCCUAUUCUCCGGUCUACAUGCCCGUAACCUACGCCUUGAACAUGUUCGGUCUAUCAUUCGCAACCUUGAGUUCCCUCCUAGUUUGGGUGAUCCUCGAGAACCGUCACGACAUUGCCGCGGGCGCUCGGCGAGUCCCUCAUGUCGUGCGCAACUAUUUCUCCAAGGACAAGAAACACACCGACACCAACUCGGGACACCGUGAUGUCCCAUUUCUGUGGUACCUCGGUGCAGCCGUACUGGCACUAUUCAUCUGCAUAUUCAGCGUCGAAUACUGGAACGUCGAACUGCGAUGGUACGGCGUCUUGCUAGCUUGCGCAGUAGCUAUGGUCUUUUACGGCCCGCUCGCAAUCGUAUACGCAACAUCCAACCUAAAAAUCAACAUCGACAUCUUCUGCCGCAUCGUCGCCGGCUUCGUCUUCGAAGGAAAAGUCCUCGCCAACAUCUGGUUCUUCGACAUUGGCUACAUCACCACCAUCAAGGGUCUCUACUUUGCAGAGGACAUGAAACUCUGCGAUUACUGCAAGAUCCCACCCCGCAAAGUCUUCCUCGUCCAAUGCGUCGGCAUGAUCUUCGGAACCCUCAGCUCCGUCGCCGUCCUAAACUGGAGUCUGGGCAACAUCAGCAACGUCUGCACCACCGACGCCGUCAACGGGUUCAGCUGUCCCUUCUCGAGGACAAAAUUCAACACGAGUCUUAUCUGGGGCGCCAUCGGCCCACGCAACUACUUCACCAACGGCAUCGGCUACAGCUCCUUACUCUACUUCUUCAUCAUUGGCGCCGUCCUGCCCAUCCCCGUCUACUUCCUCAAACGCCGCUACCCGAAUUCGCUCUGGCGGAGAGUUCAUAUCCCGCUGUUUCUGGGCGGGUUGAAUUACCUCCCUCCGGCGACGGGGACGAGUUAUGGGAGUUGGGCUGUUGUGGGAUUGACGUUUGGGUGGUGGAUUCGGAGGAGGGUGUGGCAGUGGUGGUAUAAGUAUAAUUUUGUGUUGAGUUCGGCGUUGGAUUCGUCGGUGUCGAUUGCGGGUGUGGUGAUUUUCUUUGCGAUUUAUUUUAGUGGGGCUAGUAAGGGGUUUAGUUGGUGGGGGACGGAGGUUUAUAAGGAUACGUGCGAUUAUAAGGGGUGCUCGUAUUUGGCUGUGCCGGAGGGGGGGAAGUUUGGGGUUUGA